CUUCCUGUGGUGCAGUCCAUAGCUCCUCUGAAUGGCCCGAAGGCUGGGGGAACUAGAGUGACCAUCAGAGGCAGCAGGCUGGAUGUCGGCUCUGAGCUCCGUGUCCUCGUCAAUACCUCCAGGCAGUGCACUGACCUCAGCCGCAACGACAGCACCAUCACCUGCACCAUGCCAUCUGCGGAGCUCACCACGGCCGUGCGAGUCUGUGUCCAGUUUGAAAACAAGUCUUGUGCCAGCUACAACAUCACAUUCAAGUAUGAGAAGAACCCGAUUAUAUCAGACAUCAACCCCAAAAAGAGCCAGAUCAGUGGGGGCAGGAUCAUCACCCUGGAAGGAAGAGGCUUUGAGCUGGUCCAGAAUGUGUCCAUGGUGGUCCGUGGUAUCGGCAGAGAGCAAACGAACUGUAAGGUUCACACCGACACUGUGAUCACCUGCCCCUCUCCAGCUGCCUCCAACAUCACAGCGGGGAGCAAGCCCGCACCCGUCGAUUUCUAUCUCAACGGUCGCCUCUAUGCAGACAACCAUCCAGCUCUGGAUGAGGAGAUGUACCCCGAGGAGGCCUUGCACAUCAGCAAGUUCAGCCUGGAGUACUAUGCUGACCCCCAGUUCUUCACAGCCAAGAAGGAGAAGUGGAUCAAGCACCAUCCUGGCGAGCCCUUGACCCUGGUUAUACACAAAGAGCCUGACAGCCUGGGCCUGGAAAGCAAUGAGUACCAAGUGAAAAUUGGCCUUAUCUCGUGCGAGAUCCAAAUUGUUUCGGACAAAGUCAUCCACUGCUCUGUCAACGAGUCACUGAGCACUUCGGAAAGACAGUUACCGGUGACGAUCCAAGUUGGAAAGUUCAACUACACGAUUGCGAUGCUGCACCUUGGGGGAGGAGAGACCGCAAUCAUUGUCUCCAUUGUCAUCUGCAGCAUCUUGCUGGUCCUCUCUGUUGGAGCUCUUUUUGUGUUUUGCACAAAGAGCCGCAGAGCGGAGCGCUACUGGCAGAAAACGCUGCUCCAGAUGGAGGAGAUGGAGUCGCAGAUCCGGGAGGAAAUCCGCAAAGGUUUUGCAGAACUGCAGACAGACAUGACAGACCUGACCAAGGAGUUAAACCGCAGCCAGGGGAUCCCGUUCCUGGAGUACAAGCAUUUUGUCACCCGGACGUUCUUCCCCAAAUGUUCCUCGCUCUACGAGGAGUGCUACAUCCUGCCGUCCCAGCAGCUCAGCUCCCAGGUGGGCUCCCAGGUCCAGGAAACUCAUCCGCUCCUGGUGGGGGAAUGGAAAAUCCCUGAAAACUGCAGACCCAAUAUGGAAGAAGGAAUCUCGCUGUUCUCCACCUUACUCAACAACAAGCACUUUCUCAUUGUGUUUGUUCAUGCUCUUGAGCAACAGAAGGACUUUGCUGUUAGAGACAGAUGUAAUCUGGCCUCCCUGCUUACUAUUGCGUUGCAUGGGAAACUGGAGUAUUACACCAGCAUCAUGAAGGACCUCUUGGUGGAUCUCAUAGACGCUUCAGCUUCCAAAAACCCCAAGCUGAUGCUGAGGAGAACAGAAUCCGUAGUGGAGAAGAUGCUCACCAACUGGAUGUCCAUCUGCAUGUACAGCUAUCUCAGAGAGACGGUCGGAGAGCCCUUCUUCCUGUUGAUCUGUGCGAUCAAACAACAGAUUAACAAAGGGUCCAUCGAUGCCAUCACGGGGAAAGCCAGGUACACCCUCAAUGAGGAGUGGCUCCUGAGGGAGAACAUCGAGGCAAAGCCAAGGAACCUCAACGUCUCCUUCCAAGGCUGCGGGAUGGACUCCCUGAGUGUCAGGGCCAUGGACACAGACACACUUAGCCAAGUGAAGGAGAAGAUUCUGGAGGCCUUCUGCAAGAAUGUCCCCUACUCCCAAUGGCCAAGGGUGGAAGACGUUGACCUUGAGUGGUUCGCCACCAGCACUGACAGCUACAUCCUUCGGGACCUUGAUGACACCUCGGUGAUGGAGGACGGCAGAAAGAAACUCAACACAUUAGCGCAUUAUAAGAUCCCCGAAGGGGCGUCACUGGCCAUGAGUUUGUCAGACAAGAAGGACACCACGCUGAGCAGAGUGAAGGAUUUGGACACCGACAAGUACUUCCACUUGGUUCUCCCAACCGAUGAAUCAGUUGAACAUAAGAAGUCCCAUAGACAGAGCCAUAGGAAGAAAGUCCUACCGGAGAUCUACCUGACCAGGCUGCUCUCCACAAAGGGCACGCUGCAGAAGUUCCUGGAUGACUUAUUCAAAGCCAUUCUCAGUAUCCGAGAUGAUAAACCACCUGUGGCCGUGAAGUAUUUCUUUGACUUCCUAGAGGAGCAAGCAGAGAAAAGAGGGAUCACAGACCCUGACACUAUGCACAUCUGGAAGACCAACAGCCUACCUCUGAGGUUUUGGGUCAACAUCCUGAAGAACCCGCAGUUCGUCUUUGACAUUGACAAGACAGACCACAUCGACGCCUGUCUCUCUGUGAUAGCCCAGGCCUUCAUUGAUGCCUGCUCCCUGUCUGACCUGCAGCUGGGCAAGGACUCCCCGACCAAUAAACUACUGUACGCCAAGGAGAUCCCCGAGUACAGGAAGAUAGUGCAGCGAUACUACAAGCAAAUCCACGACAUGCCCCCACUCAGCGAGCAGGAAAUGAACGCCCACCUCGCGGAGGAGUCGCGG